UUAUCAUUCAUUUUAUUUUAUGAAGUGCUAGUGUGUUCGACGUUCGGACACAGGCUAGGCUUUGCUUUAAUUCAAUUUUGAUUCAGACUAAGAGCCCAACACACACUUGGUGAUGUCUGACAGAGGAAGAGGAGGAGGACCAAGAGGGCGUGGCUAUGGAGGAAGAGGUAGAGGACGAGGUGGGGGUGGAGGACGAGGCGGAGGAGGAGGACAAGGUGGAAGAGGAGGGCCACCACAUCCACCGGGUCUGACAGGCAGAGAGAUAGGGAUGUGGUAUGCUCAGAGAGGUCGGGGCAAUAAACAAAGACGAGAGCUGAGAGAGAGAGGGACUGUGAGCCUGAAUGAUGAACAGGAGAGGCAGAUCAAACGGAUGCUUCGUGAGGUAGAAGGUCUCAGAGAAAAUACACCUCAAUCUAAUGCCCAGCCACAGCCAAAAAUGAUGAGACCAGCAGAUGUUGUGUGUCAAAACUUCUAUGGCCAUGGACUGAUGCAAGAUCCCAAUCUAGACCAACAGCUGCAAGAAGAUAUGAUCAAGAAGGAAAAAAGUGAACAGUACAGGAAAAUGCAGACCUUCAGACAAAAACUUCCCUCAUUCAAAAUGAAAGAUGAGCUAUUAUCUCUCAUCAGAAGCAACCAGGUUGUAGUAAUCAGUGGAGAGACAGGGUGCGGGAAAACUACCCAAGUUCCACAGUUCAUCCUGGAUGACUACAUCAACAGAGGUCAAGGGUCAACAUGCCGUGUCAUCUGCACGCAACCAAGAAGGAUAAGUGCAAUUACAGUUGCUGAGAGAGUUGCAGCUGAGAGAGCGGAGAGGUGUGGUCGUGAUAACAGUGUUGGGUAUCAGAUACGACUAGAGAACGCCUUCCCAUGCCCACAGGGAUGUAUCCUAUACUGCACAACGGGAAUACUUCUUAAGUGGCUUGAAGGAGACAAGUAUUUGAAGAGUGUUAGCCAUAUUGUAUUAGAUGAAGUCCACGAGAGAGAUCUACUUUGUGAUUUUCUGCUCAUCAUCCUUAAAGAGCUUCUACCAAAGAGGAGUGACCUGAAAUUGAUACUGAUGAGUGCCACUCUGAGAGCGGAAUUGUUCUCUGACUACUUUAACAAAGCCCCUAUGAUCAACAUUCCUGGAUUUACAUUCGGUGUCACAGAAUACUACCUUGAAGAUAUUCUAGAAAUGACUAGGUAUCAACCUCCAAGACCAAAAACAACCCGCAAUGAACCGGUAUGGGUGAAGUACAAGAAAGGUAAGAAGAAUCGGGAGGAAGAGAUGGAGAAAGAAGAAAAGGAUCGCAAGAAGUUCAACGAGUACCUUGAGUCUAUGAGGGGAACGUACUCCGAGCAAGUGGUGGAUUGUCUUUCUAACAUGAAUCAUGAUGUCAUAGAUCUCGACCUCACUGCUGAACUACUUCGAUACAUCUCGCUCCAGAAACCAGACGGUGCCAUUCUUGUCUUUCUGCCUGGAUGGGAUCAAAUCAGUAAACUCCAUGACAAACUAACAUCUCAAACCCUCUUCUCAAGUGACCGGUUUGUCAUCAUUCCUUUGCAUUCCAUGAUGCCUACCCUUAACCAGAAACAGGUAUUUGAACGUCCGCCUCAAGGAGUACGUAAGAUCAUCAUAGCAACCAACAUUGCAGAGACAAGCAUCACCAUCGAUGAUGUGGUGUAUGUGGUCAACAUAGGGCGGGUGAAGGAGACCAACUUCGAUUUCACAAAUAAUAUCAGGACGAUGAAGGCUGAAUGGGUCAGCAAGGCAUCUGCCCAUCAGAGGAGAGGACGAGCUGGGAGAGUACAGGAUGGAAUAUGCUACCAUGUGUAUACCCAGCUAAAGGCAUCUGAAAUGGAGGAAUACCAAGUGCCUGAAAUCAAGAGAACUCCCCUUGAAGAACUCUGUCUAAACAUCAAGACCCUGAAGCUUGGGGGUGUACAUCCCUUCAUCAGCAAAGCAAUGGAAGCACCAGACAUCAGAGCUAUCCAGCUAGCAAUCCAGAGCCUCAAACAAAUGAGAGCCUUUGAUGAUAACGAGGAACUGACAGCUUUAGGUUACCAUCUAUCCCGUCUCCCUGUGGAGCCUCGUAUCGGUAAGAUGCUGGUGUUUGGUGCCAUGUUCUGCUGCCUAGAUCCCAUCCUCACCGUAGCAGCAUCACUCAGCUGGAAAGAUCCAUUUUACAUUCCUCUGGGGAAGGAGGCCCUCGCUGACGAGAGGCGAAGGAUUCUCUCUAACAACACACGUAGUGAUCAUCUGAUGUUAUGUAAUGCUAUGAAUGGAUGGGAGGAAGCUAAGGAGAACAGAGAGGAAGGAUCUUACUGCUGGCGGAACUUCAUGUCUUCCAAUAUCCUCAGUAUGCUGAGUAAGAUGAAGGGUCAGUUCUGUGAUGUCCUGCAUCAUAUGAGGUUCGUCUCCAACAGGUCACCAAAACACAUUGAUGCCAAUCGAAAUUCAGAGAACGAACAACUCGUGAAGGCAGUGCUGUGUGCCGGUCUUUACCCAAAGGUUGCUCACAUAGACAAAUCUGGACCUUCUCGGAAUCCAGCUCGGCGGAGACCACCUAAACUAAGCACCCAAGAGGAUGGUCGAGUUCAAAUCCACCCAAAGUCGGUCAAUGCCCAGGAAACAACCUUUAGCAGUAAAUGGUUGCUCUACCAUGUCAAGAUUAAAUCUACAAAUGUCUUUCUUCAUGAUACAACAAUGGUUGAGCCUUAUCCCUUGAUCUUCUGCGGUGGCAAAAUCUCUUGGGACGAUGACCUGGGACAUGAAACAGUCUUUGUUGAUGACCACAUCAAGUUCCAUUGCUCUCAAGAAACGGCAGAUCUUGUCAUUAAAUUACGUGAGGAGCUUGACAGAGUCAUGGAGCAGAAGAUCACGAACCCUGGACCCACAAACUGGAGUCAGUCUAGCCAUGAAGGCCGGGUCAUGAGGGCCAUUGUUGACAUCUUUGUCAUGCAGUCCAGAGAUACAUAUGAGGAUGAUGACGACGAUCAGGGAUUUGUACAUGGCAACAUGAGGAAUGAAAGGCGUUAUGGAGAUGAUGAUGAUGAUGAGGAUGAUAAUGACUGGUUUGAUAAUGAAAGGGCUGGUGGAGGAAGGCCACAGGGAGGGUCCAGGAACAAUGAUGGCAGGUCUGGGAAAAGCCACUGGAGACCUCACUCGCAGCAGAGAAGACAUCAGGGAAAUCAUCACCAGAGUUACUGAACUCAGUGAUCAAGUUGUAGGCUUUGCCGGUGAUGAUUAUGAUGACAGGGUUGAUAAUGAUGGGGCUUGGUGGGGGUGGUUUAGAAUGGAAUUUGGAGGGACCAGGAACACUAGCAACAAUGAUGGCAUCUGAGGAAAGUCUGGUGACCUCACGGCAGAGGAGACAUCAGGCUAAUCAUCACCAGAGUUACUAAACUCAACGAUCAACGUGCAAGCUUGGCCAGUGAUGGUGAUGAUGAUGAGAGAGCUGAUAAUGAUGGGGCUUGUGGGGGUGGGGAUGGAGAAUGGCCCAGGAUCAUAUUCAGUAAUGAUGGCAUCUCUGGGAACAGUCUCUGGAGACCUCACAGCAGAGGUGACAUCAGCGAAAUCAUCACAAGAGUUAACAAACUCUAAUAUCUCUUUAUGAUCAAGGUGCAGGCUUGGUUGGUGAUGAUGAUGAAUUCGACUUCUGUGUUUACAAUGAUGAGACUCGUAGAUGACUACAGCAGUAAGAAGGAUUUGCAAUACAUUGAUUAUAACAACAGAUAGUGUCAUUGCAGACUGAUAUCAAAGGUAGGAGUUUCAUGAAGUUGUAUGAAGAGCUAAUGGUGCUCAGUGGUGAAAUUUAGUAGAGUCGAGUGUCAUCUAUGAAAUCCUGAAAAUAUAAUUGUAUCAGAGUUCAAAUGAAAGCAUUCAUGGCCAUUUUUUUACCUUAUUCUGAAGAUACCAUUCUCACCCAUGUAUCCCUCGCAAACAAGGAAAUGCAACCAUCAAACUCAAAGAUUGGCCGAAGUUCUCAACAUACAUCACUUCUGCUGACUCAUUUCAGAUUUAUUUUAUACCUUUUUAUCUGAAUGUAUAUAUUGUAACCCUCCCUGUUCUUUUGCAGUCAUCUCACUUGCAGGCCUUGAAUACAUUACACACAUAAUUGAUAUCAAUUAACAUAUUUUGAUAGACAGAAGUUUUUUCAAGAUACCCUUUUAGUGAAAGGAAAUUUUUUAUUUUGCUGGUCACUUGUGUUUACUAUAAUUUUAUGGUUAUCUUUUUAUAUUCCAUCAAGUAAUAUGCAAGUGCACUGUCAUUAUAAGGUGACACAAUGCACAUACAUGAAGUUUAAAAUGGACCUUAAACAAGUAGUAAUUAUCCUUCGAUCUCAGCGUACCCUUACAUGUAUUCUGUAUUCUAAUUUCCCUACCCUAAAGAAUGUGUCAACUAUUCUUUUUUCAUGAUACGGAGAAAUGUAUACCCUUUUCAUGUUUUAAGGGUUGAAAACUAGGUACAUUUUCCGCAGACGUUGGCUAGUUUGAUACCCUUUUCAGUGUUUGUGUUGCGUGUGUACAUUGCACUGCCAUGAAAACAUCUCUUGUUUGCAUUCAUUAGUAUGUACAAUGAGCAAAGUGUCCACUUUGUAAAAGCAGUGCUCCCUUGGCAUUUUCUCAUAUUCGCAGCAAUUUUACCAAAGCUACUUGAAUAUUGUGUAUCAUAUAUUAGAAAAGGGCUCAACUGUUAUGCUAAAACAAGAUGUGAAUAUAUUUUGAAAGAAAAAUAAAAGAAAUUUGAAUUUCUUUGUGAUUCAUGUCUACAGGUGAAUUCAUCAUGGUGGUUGAUUAUACAACCUGAUUUUUAUCGUCAUUUCCUCAUAUGUCUGUAAAAGUUAAAAAUACACAUUAUUUAUUUGUUACGAACAUACAAUGUCUGUUUGGCUGAAAUUAUACUUUGCACAAAUUAAUUUGCUGGUUACUUGAUAAGCAGUACAGACCCAGUCAGCAAUCUUUGAGCAUAGUUUACACUCGAUUUUACGCUCGAGCAAGAACAAAGGAAAUGGUCCAGUGAAUCUAUUGUUCUGGCUUGGUCACUCUAUUGUUCUGGACCUGAGUGUAAAUUCAAGUGUAACUACACUCAAAGAUUGCUGACUGCCACUGUACAUCAUUGAUUUACUAGAUUUAGGGAUGCACUGUAUGAUCAGAAAGAUGUAGAUUCACCUCUUGCUUCUAGAAGUGUCUUUGAGAUCCCCUUCUCUCUAUCCACAUUCUUUUCUUGCUUAAAUUAUAUAAUGUGUAUUUUGAUAAGUUAUGAUACAGAGUUAAUUGCAGGAGUGCAGGGUCAAGUACAUGUAUACAACAUGAAAACUUCACAAUUUGUGCGUUCUGUGAUACCUACUCCACCACAUUUUCCAUAGACAUACAAGUCAAGUAAACAUGGUCCACAAGUGAGAAUUGAAAAAUUCAAGAAACAUUCUAAUACACAAUAAAGCCCAGUAAUAGGGAAGAAUGGAUUGACAACUUUUUCCUUAGACAUACAAGUCAAGAUACCAUAAUUGAUGAGAAUUCAAAAUAUUAAUAAAUAUUUAAUUGAAUGAUAAAUCCCAGGCAUAGGGACAAAGUAUUAAUCACUAGCACUAUACAUGUCCAUGCAAGUGAACUUCUAAGAAACUGUAGUGUUAAAAUGAUUAGUAUAAUGGUGUUGAGUACACUGGUCGACCAAUCUCUCAUGAUUACAUAAUUGGGUGAUGUCACAAUAAGGGUGCAACUCGCGCGCAUAUAUUGUAAGACCUAGACGUGGAAUGUAAAUUACGUUUUGGUAUGUCCUUCAGUUCCAAAUUCAAGUAAUUCAAUGUGUAUAGUAUUUCAAACUGUUUUAUAGAUUAUCUAGAAUAUUCUUUUCGUAAAUGUUUCACAAUUGAAACAGUUUUUCACUUGCUCAUAAUACAACAUUCCACCAAUUUUUUUAUUCCUCUCAACAUUCGUAGAUUGGAAAUAUUAUUCAUUCUAGAAUUCUAACAAAAUCACCUAUCACUUUCAUACAUGUAAAGACUACCACUUGAGCUAGAUAACUAUAUACACGCCAUUAUUAAUAGAAUACUAGAAACAAGAUAUAGUUGAACAUUGUCGUAUUCGGUGCUAGGCAAGAAGAGCUCUACUUUUGUGGUCUUUAUCUUGAUCACCUAUAUAAUGUUGAAUGCUACAUAUAAAAAGGAAGAUACUUUUUUGAAAGAAGUGAAACUGAUGAAACAGAUGAUACCUUUUCUUGUAACUGUGUCAGACCUCAAUAGAUUGAAAUAUGGAACAAAAAGAGAGAAAGAGGAAAAUAUUGCAGAAUAGAGUUCUUUUUGCUACUGGAUGAAAGAGAGGAAAUUUGAUUGAUAGAU